AACCAGGAGAGUCCAGUGUGCAAGCGACGAGAACGGAAUCAGAUGUUGGCGAAGAUCGCGGAUUGACAGGUCGCGGGGUGCACGAGAGAGUGAGAGAGAGAGAGAGAGAGCGAGAGCGAAAGAACAGGCGUUUACGCGACGACGGUUGGCACAGGCUCUCUCUCUGGCACAGAAGGAUAGUUCUUUUUUCCGUGUGUACGCGCACGCGAACGAGAAGGAUAGCGAAGAAAAACAGCGACAGAGAAAGCGAGAGACAGAGAGAGCGAGUGUGAAACACGGCAGUCGACGAACGCGACGGACUCGUCAUCGGUGACGAGAUGAUUCUUUAGCUCCGUAUUCUGCGGCCUGGCUGCGCAAAAGGGACGACAACGACGACGAGAAGGUGGUGGACGCGGAGCAGGAGGCGACGAUCUUGCCUUGAAGUGCGCGUUUCUACAGUGCUGAACUACGGACGCACCAAGGGCUCGUCGCGGAUCUCCCUUGCGCAUAUACACACACGGAAAAAGGAAGAAGGGCAUCCCGGUGGAAGCGCUACCCAGAGGGUCCUCCCGGGGCAGGACGGACCGUCGCUCGGGCUCAGCUGAUCCACGCGCAGCGUGAGAGGCGGAGGAGAAGGUGGACGCUAACAGCAGCGUUGCGGGGCGAGGAACGGUUCCUGCCGAACUCGAGCACCGCGACGAUCAAGCAGCACCGAUAACUAUGUCGUCCCCCAGCGCCGGCAAGCGACGUAUGGACACGGACGUUAUCAAACUAAUAGAAAGCAAACACGAGGUAACAAUCUUAGGAGGACUAAAUGAAUUCUCCGUUAAGUUCUACGGUCCACGGGGGACGCCGUACGAGGGUGGGAUAUGGAAGGUGAGAGUUCACCUGCCGGAGCAUUAUCCCUUUAAAUCCCCGUCAAUCGGUUUCAUGAACAAGGUCUACCAUCCCAACAUUGACGAAGUCUCAGGCACUGUAUGUCUAGAUGUUAUAAAUCAGGCUUGGACUGCCCUUUACGACUUGUCGAAUAUUUUUGAAUCUUUUCUGCCCCAAUUGUUAACAUAUCCCAACCCAAUCGACCCUUUAAACGGCGAUGCUGCCGCGAUGUAUCUUCACAAACCUGAAGAAUACAAGAAGAAGGUAGCAGAUUACGUGAGGAAGUACGCGACGGAGGAGGCGCUGAGGGACCAGGAGAACGGCGGUACCGGCAACGGGAUGUCCUCCGACAGCGAGUCCUCGAUGAGCGACUUCAGCGAGGACGAGGCGCAGGACAUGGAGUUGUAACCAAAUAUAUUACCAUCCGUACCCAUAUCCUUAACCAUCUCGAUUCCCUGUAAGAUUCCCGAUCGCUCGUCCUACUACCAAAUAGAUGCUUACACCCGAGACUCCGAGCCUCACUUCUGGUGACGGCGACGAGCCCAUUACCACUCGUCGCUGCUCUCGUCGUCCGUCGCUCGUAUCGUCGCAUCCUACGGCAGCAAGGCCGACGUGGGGUGUGCGAGGGGAUGGUUGAUCGACCAUCUCCCUCCCUCCCGACGAGAGUGAAAGCGAAUGAGGUAAAGAACGGAGAAUCGCGUAUGAUGGUCGUGCUCUGCGCGCUCUUCUCGUUGAGCGCACCGAGGGGCGCUCUCGGCCACGACGGCGAUGUCUCCCCACGGUCGUCCGAGCUCCACUGACUUGAGCUCCGUUAAUUCGUCAUUCGCUGCGUUCAAUUGCCACGAUGAGGAGGAUGAUAAUGCGUCCCGUCGGCGCGUAAACGAACUACGCGCUGGCACGGGCGAAAUUUGACCUCUCCGCAGACGGAGUCGAUCCUCUCGCUCUUUGAGCGCGGAAGAGAGAGAGAGAGAGAGAAAGAGAGAAAAAAGGGAGGAAGUAAGAAGGAGAGAGAGGGAGAAAGAAAAAAAAAAGAGAGUAUCAUAGUAUUAUCCGCCGGUCGCCGCAAUGUCGAUUUGUUAUUCGAAAUUGUUCGUAAUUCCCUGGCAACUUUGGCAUCCGACUCUGGCGGUGCGUCAUCCACUGUGUGUAUCUACGAUGCGUUUCUGUGUGAUUGACAUGCGGCCGAAAACAGCAACGUUAUCGUACGAUGAGAGGCAACACCGAGUACAAUACGCUCAGUUCGCGUUUUCCUCACUUUUUGAAAUUCUCUCGCCCUUGUUCUUUUCUCAUUCUUUCUUUCGAGCGCCGUAGGUGUGUUCAUCGUUGUGAUAUUCGACAAAGACAUGUGAUCGCGAGAGAUUAGAGUAACAAAGGAGAGAGAUGCGUCAUGAAAAAUUUUAACAAUUUAGCUGACUGGUUUAUUAUGUAGUGGUCGCAUCUCCUCCGACGGCUAACGACUCCUUUGCUGCUACCUUAGACUGCGUUAGCAUCUAUUUGAGAAGAAGAAAAAAAAAUUAUAUUUUUACAUUUGAAAUCAUUGUUAGUCGGUAAUUUAUUCCCCCCUCCCCAUUCUUUGAGUUUGUGAAAGAUACGUUGAAGGUAAUUUGUUUUUUUAAACCGUCGGUGAGUUUGUCUUCGCAAUUUUUCUUUUUCUACAAUCAGUCGAUAAAAAAUAAAAAAAAAAAAAAUUUUUUUAAGUACGCGUGUCACGCGUCGCCGCCACGGUUCUCCGCUAAAGGCAGGCAGGUCUUUUGGUUAAACGACAGUAGGAUACGCAAAAAUGUGAUGGAGUAUGGGUACUAGCACCGUCUUCCUUGUUUUCCUGCCAUCACCAUUCCCAAACGUUUCCCUCGUAGGGCUGCGCAACAGCGACCGAUCGCCACGUCGUCGUCAUCGUCGUCGUCGUCGUCGUCGUCGUCGGCGGCGGGGAAAAGACCGAAUCUGCCACAGAAACGACCACGCGACUGUGACGCGAACGACAUCGGGACAAUGCAGCCGCCGUCCAAGAUUGCGCGUUCGUGGAACCGCUCCGGGAGAAUGAGUGCAAACCAGACUCUGAAUACGUUUCAAGCAUCCUCGGCGUCCCGUCUCGAACUGUGCGCAUCGGGCGAGCGAAACGCGGAAGAGACGCAAGCGAAUGAAGCUGCAGAACUGUCUUCAUCGUGUAUCCAUUCUGUAGAAGCGAAUAUAGAUUUAGUUGAUCCCGGUGGGUGCGGAUUAGGCGGUGUUUAACGUUCGCUCGUGAAAAAUUUUAAGUCAAUUUAUACUGUUUUAAUCUCAUUGUUAUUCGACCCAUUAUAGAUUUCAUUAUUAUAGAUCAUUGUUAUUAAGAGGAGGAUGUAUAUUGAAUUGGUUUGUUAUAUUCGAGAGAUACUUUCCUUUCUAACAGAAUAAAAUUAGUUGUAUCCUUGCGUUAUAAAGAAAAGAGAGAGAGAGAGAGAAUAGCUGCUUACUUAAUAAUUAUUAUUUAUAUUUUAUUAUAUGCAAUUUCUGUUCUGGUAUUUUCAAAUAUUAGAAGUAAAAGAAAUGAAAUCAAAGGUCUCAGGGAAUUUCUGUUCGAGAAAUAUAAAAGAUACUGGUAUAUAUCAUUGCGCGCUUUGAAAUAAAGAAGAAACAAAAAUUUGAAAACUGUAAGAUGGAAAACGUGAGGAAAAAUUUAUUUUUAUUGUUGACAGUAGAUCAGCAAAUUUGAAUUUCGAGAAAAGAAACAAGAACCAAGUAGAGUAAAAGAAAUUGCUCGGCAGUGUAAAAAACCUGUAAAUCUACGAGAAUAUUAAAAUUGUACAAAUCUUGGUGCACAAUAAUCUUUGAUCAUUAGUAUCUCGUUUCAAAUUGAUCUCCCUCCUUUGCAUGAUUUACGAUGUAUGCAAUGCGAUUAUAGCUGUAACAUAAGUGAAGACGUUAUAUUUCAGUGCCUUCUCAGGCAGAAAAACGUGCCUUAUUAUAUGGGUCUCCCGUUGCAUUGGAAUAUAUGAAUGAAUAUGAUGAGCAUUUAGUGUUAACAAAUCUGUAAAUGAAAUUUAAUUGCUUAAAGCAUUGCAAACUAAUACAGAGUGUGCUUUUAUUUUCGAAACUAGGACUAAACGUCGGAAAUUGUUAGCUUCAAUAAUUUUUCGAGAACGAUUCAAAUAUACAAGAUGCACAAUUGAACACAAAUUGAAGAAACGAGAAAGGUGGAAAUUAUUUAUAAGACAGAGUAAGAAAAAUAUUUCAUAAAUCGAUCUUGUAUUUUCGGAGAACCUCGAAUAUAAUAUUAUUUUAUUAUUAAGAUUACAUUCUGUGUGAGCGAAUUGAUCGUAAAUGCAAAGAAAUCAGAAAAUUUUUUAGGCAGUCUAUAUAUUUACUACACAUUUUGUUGCGUACAUUUGCGUUCGCUGCUGUUUAUUUCAUCUUACGUCGACAAAACUUAUCCAGGUCUUUGAUGUAUUAUGCAACAGUUACGCUCACCUUUUUUUUCAAGAACGUUAUGUUUUUCUCUUUUAUGUAACGAAAAGCAAUGUGAUUUACAUAGAGAUAUUUACGCUUUGCAUUAUUAUAAUUAUCUCAGACAUACUUUCGCGGACGCGGCCCGUUUCUCAGCGUAUAUUCUCCGAUUCACGAUGUAACGCAAUGUAUUCAGAAAAUUUUUAAUUGAAUUAAAGCAGUACGGUUUUUGCAUAACUUAUCAAGGACUGAGUGCUGCUUUUAACGUCUCUUCUCUUACUCCGUGCAAUUAAUACGUAAAGUGAUAUCUUCUUCCAAAAUUCGUCAAUCGCUUUUUAUUUUAUUCAUCUAUUCACUUCGCUAUUGUUACGAUAUCUCAAUGUUUUUCAAGACUCGGUAUGCAAUCGACGUAGUAUAUGCUUGGAGCACAAACUGCAAGGAAAUACACAGCUUAGAUACUUUGGGGACCUCGCACAGUCAGAAUGAAUACUUCGAAUUAUCAGCUGUACUUAGAGAAACGGAAAAUUCUGUCUAUUGUGUCAUUCAUGCUAUAUCUCUCCACAGAACGCGUCUGCUUUAUUUUUGUAAGUUAGCGUACUAGCUUCGAGUUUCUCGCUAGCGUACCCGCUCUAGUGUCUCGUCGGCACUUAUACUUUCAGACUUCGUUGAUUGAGAACCAAAAAAAAAAAGAAAGAAAUCACCAAGAACGUGCGUUUUCCGUAGACCCGUAUUGAUUGAGUUUAAAGUCGUACUCUCAGAUCUCACAUCGUUGCUAAUUGUAUAUGUAACAUAUAGAAUUAUUGACUAGUUAUACGCAUAAAUACAUAUAUAUAUAUAUAUAGGUAUACAUCAUCGAUCAUAUUCGCAUAACUAUGUACAUGGUUUUACUAACGAAUUGUUUAAUUAAGCAGAAGAAUAAUUUUAAUAAUCAUUUUUUAUUUUUUUUGCAAGUGUUGUUUGUUUAUCCUUGUGUCAACUAGUUAUCGCGUUUUACCACUGGCAUUUUUUCUCAUUUAUUUUCCGCUUUGCCCGUUAUUAUAAAGAUACAAAAUUUUCCACUACGUAUGUUGACUGACAUCGCGUUGUCGAGAGUUUAUCGCUUAGAUAUUAAUGGUUAAUAUUUCGUUUUAAUGCGAAGAUCCAUUGCCUCUAUUGUGUUCAAACCUUUUUGUAACAUUAAAUAACGUUUAAAGGCAUAUUUUUAUACAUGUAUUGCAAUAAUAUAAUAUAGCGAUAGUUGCAUGUUCUUUAUCCUAUCUCGAUUUUUAAUCGCCAUUUGAUUUUCCCUCUCUUUGUCAUCACAAAUAACGAGUAUUGUUUUUACCGUUGUAAGCAACGUUCUCAUAGAUUCUCACGUAAAAGAAUGCAUUAUUUAUGUUGGCCCUUUAAUUCCGUAGGAAUUAUGUGUCGUAUGUUUUCUUAUUAACACGAGUAAUUGUACAAUUGUAGGAUGCAAAGGAGUCGUUACGUAACAGCAAAUCUAAUUUAGAGUGAUAAUCAAUUAAGUCCGAAAAAUUUCACCGAAAGAAUUUGAAACUGCGAUUUAAUUGUAACCGAUCGGCUCUUUGCAUAUUCUGUGCUCUUAGCGUCACGCACAUCGUAAAUCUUUUUUUUGAAGCUGUAAGUAUAUUUACGGAUGGCAAUGCCGAGAUAUAGAGAGCUGCCAGCGACGAGCGAUGCCACGUGUUUGCCAAAGUUGUGUCAACAAUUCGCGAUCGAAGGGCGAGAGACUCGUAUUGCCCGAUUCAGUUUGAUCAAGCGAGAAAUAUACAUGAAACACGUUUUAAACCGGGCUAUCAAUUUUACGCUACGACACACAAUCCACGAUGUUUGCGAGAAUUAUAUUUAGAAUUAACUUUGACAUAAAAAAAAGAAGGAUGUCGCGGACAGAACGGCCGCGUUUAUCAUUGUACAAUGUUUAAUUUAUUUCGAUAUAAAAAAAAAUAUUUUGGAACAACACGUAGCGAGAUAAAAAUUGAUAGAGCGCUCAUUAUCAAAGAAACUUUUCAAACACGCUUAAAUGUCGAGUAUUUGUUGAAAAUUCCAGCAUGAGACGCGGAUAAAGAGACAAUGGACGACUGCUAUUCUUGUUCCGCCGGCGGAGCACGUUUUCUGAUCUGACGUUUUGUUUUUUAAUUCCUUUUCAGACAUCAAAUGUUAAAUUAGAUAAUCGAGGGGUGACGCGCGCGCACGUACGCCUGCUCUAACUUUCAUCGGGACAAGGAAAUAGCAAUAUUUUUGCUACUCGUUCGUAAUUAAUAUAUCAUCGAUGUUAUAUCACGCGUGUCGCUGUCGCGGCACGAGUCGUCAGAGCGCGUUUGCAAUAAUGUGGUCGCGUAAUAAUGAGGAAUACAAUCGUUAUAUUAAAUCCGAUCGUACGAUCGAGAGCUAAUCGCCCGACAACAACGAUGAGCAGUUAUGCUCGCGGGAUAUAUUCCGAAAGGUUUAACAAUUAUUAACUCGUAUAGCAAUUCGUUUCUCGCUGCUCUAUCCGGCCGAAAUCGGACGACAAACCACUCUAAUCUCCCAUUUUAGAUCCAGCGAUAAGAACGAUCUAGCCGUACGUAUUUGCAAUUAAGACAGUGGACGUCGACAUUGUCGCGAAAUGAUAGCGUGACAAACGCGAAUUAAAAAUGUAAUGAUUUAGUAAUUCCAACGUUUACCUCAUCCACGUUGCGAUCUUUUAGUGUUCAAUGAUAAUUGCAAAAUUGAAACGGCUAUAAUUUCUCGCGUGUGUUAUUCUAUCCUUCGUCGAGUUUUCCUCGCGCGCGCUGAAUAUUUAUACUCUAGUGAUAAACGCUAUUGUUUUUGGCAAUAUCGGCGUUCAACGCAAUGGACGACUUCCACGUGUGUUAUUACUGCUUUACAUUACUCGUCGAUUGUGCGAAAACAUACCUUCAUUAUUUCCACGUAGAUAAGCGAGACUAUUUUCUACGGCGUUUAAGUGAAUACAUAAUCGCGGUGAGUUUUGAUGCUCACGUUAAAAUAGAGCGGAAACAAAUUAAAUAACGAUAUAAUUAAGUGAAAUUUGCGACAAAGAGAGCAUAUUCUCCCGAACAAAAAAAGUUCACGCUCGCUUAUAUACCUGGAAAUGAUAGGAAUUUAAAUAUUUCAAUUAUAUGGUGAUAGAGAGACUGAUAAGAAGGAAACAUAUGGGAAGCAGAGAGACAAAGCUUUCUUGGCGGUCCGUACAGCGAUGCACGUUUAAUAGCUACCUGAUUAGGAAAAAGAAAAAGAAAGAGACACGAUUAAGUGUUCAUAAACAUUAUAUUAUAUACAAUUAUGAGAAAAGUCUUGAAACAUACGCUGAAAUAAGCGAGUAAAACGAAACAUUUAGUGAGUUGCAUUAAACGAAUAAUUAAUUUAUUCAAUAUCUCUGAUAAAAUCAAAAUGAUUGCGUAAACUUAUGAAAAAUGUCAGCGUAUUCGUGCCAGAUAUUUUGUUAGAAUUAUUGCUCUCUCUGGAAAAAAAAAAUCACAAAUCACUUAAAAAGAAAGAAACAUCGUUUGGUGCGCGCUGCGAAGAAAUUGGAAAGUUGAAGGAUUCGAUGAUGCUAAGCGAUCCUUCAAUCCGUUCGAUGCAAGUGUGAGACGGAUUCUUUCGAUAUAGAUUUCGAUAUCGCUGGUAGCACACAAACCCUUUCUCAAACGUAACACAUGUAGCGACGUAUAAGAAGCUAAGGAGUUGUACUAACUCGUGGUAGUGACGACGAUCGUCAUUAACUCUGCAGUAACGUUACGUUUUCCCAGUGGUUCCUAGUCACUGCCAUAAUUAUUGACGACGAUAUCAUGAAGAGCGUGACCGGAGAGCUGCUAAAGAAAAAAAUUUUUGCCGAACAAUAUUGAAGAUAAAAAAAAAAA